GCCUCGGCAUCCAAACGCUGCCCCUGGGGCCCCGACAACUCGCUCGGCUGGAUGGCAAACUCCCGCCUGGAUCCCGACUCAGAGUCGGUGUUCCCUCGGGAGGUUGGGCUCUUCACCGACUUUUACUCCGAGAAGAGCCGCUUCUGCUUCUGUGGCCACGAGCUGAGCAUCACACAGAACUUUGGGUCCCGCCUGGGGGUGGCGGCACGCGUGUGGGAUGCGGCUCUGAGUCUGUGCAACUAUUUCGAAAGCCAAAAUGUGGAUUUUCGGGGCAAAAAGGUGAUCGAACUGGGCGCGGGGACCGGCAUCGUGGGAAUCUUGGCAGCGCUGCAGGGGGGGGAUGUUACCAUCACUGACCUGCCUCUGGCACUAGAGCAGAUCCAAGGCAACGUUCAGGCUAAUGUGCCAGCUGGAGUCCCGGCCCAGGUCUGUGCCUUGUCCUGGGGGAUUGACCAGCAUGUCUUCCCUGGAAAUUAUGAUCUGGUGCUGGGAUCAGAUAUUGUGUACCUGGAACCUACCUUCCCACUGCUUCUGAGGACUCUCCAGCACCUGUGCGGGCCCCAUGGUACCAUCUAUUUGGCCUCCAAGAUGAGAGAGGAGCAUGGGACAGAGAACUUCUUUCAGCACCUCCUACCCCAGCACUUCCAACUGGAGCUGGCCCAGCGGGAUGAGGAUGAGAAUGUCAACAUCUACAGGGCCCGCCAUAGGGAAACAAGUCCUGCUUGACGUCACCCCUUCUGUUGUUCUCAGCCCUGUGUCCCAAGGAAGUCACUGCAUAAUUCCAAACCUGGAUCUCCAGAGCCAUAAACACAAGGACCAAAGUGA